AUGUUACUGCCCAUAGGGGUAUACACUGAUGAUCUGAUCAUCAAUGGUUCACGCAUCGACGAUAACAUUGAAUUCAAGGAUCAAAUGCAGAAGUUGUUUGACAUGAGUGAUCUCCGUCUCUUAAGUUAUUACUUGGGAAUCGAGGUUAAGCAAAAUGAUGAUACGAUCACAGUGUGCCAAAGCAACUAUGCACAAAAAAUAUUGGAGGUUUCUAGCAUGGUUGGUUGCAAUCCAUGUUUAACCCCGAUGGAGAAUAGAUUGAAGCUAAGAAGAAAGGAUUGUAGCUCCAUAGUAGAUGCUACUAAGAAUCGCAGCAUAAUCGGGAGUAUACGAUACUUGGUGAAUACCAAACCGGAUAUCGUCUAUGUCGUAGGUAUUGUUAGUCGGUACAUGGAAACACCUACGAUGCAGCACAUGGCGGCCAUUAAACACAUCCUGAGAUACGUGAGUGGCAUGGUCAACUUUGGGUGUUGUUACAAGAAGCACGCCAAGCCGGAGCCUGAGCUAGUCGCGUUUAGUGACAGUGACUUGGCUGGUGACUUAGACGACUGCAAGAGCACCACUGGAAUGGUAUUUUUUCUUGGUACAAGCCUCAUCACAUGGGCAUCACAGAAGUAG